AUGACUGGCAAAUUCGAACCCAAGACUCCCGUCAACCUCGCCCCUCCAAAGAGCGAUCCCAUCUCCCCCGAGUUCCUUGCAAAGUGCAACGGAACGCAAGCACCAGAUAACCUCUGCUAUGUUGCUAUCAAGGGCAAAGUCUUCGAUGUAACAGGCAACAAGAGUUACGUCCCAGGAGGCUCAUACCAUGUCUUCGCUGGUCACGACGCCUCCCGCGCCCUGGGCAUGACAAGCACGAAGCCCGAAGACGUCCGCCCCGACUGGGCCGACCUGCCCGACAAGGAGAAGGGCGUGCUCGAGGACUGGUUGACCUUCUUCUCCAAGCGGUAUAACAUUGUCGGCGUGGUGGAGGGGGCGACUAAUCAGUAG